UACGCGCGGCGGCGAGUGGGCCGCGGGGCGGAGGUACCGGCUCCUGUCUCGGACGCCCGGCCCGGGGCUCGGCGGUGCGGCCCCCGCGCGCAGCGAGGCCGGCCGGGCUGGCGGGCUGGCCGCGGCACCCCGCGCCCCUCCGCCAGGCCCGCCAUGCAGGGCCCCGCCGGGAACGCGAGCCGCGGGCUGCCGGGCGGGCCACCGUCCACCGUCGCGUCCGGUGCGGGCCGCUGCGAGAGCGGCGCACUCAUGCACAGUUUCGGCAUCUUCCUGCAGGGGCUGCUCGGCGUCGUGGCCUUCAGCACGUUGAUGCGGUUUGCUGAUGGAGGAGAAAACCCCAGAUGGCCCUUCUGGAGAACUAGAAGUUCCACCCUGUUGUCAUGUGUGCUGUGUGUCAUGGUCAAGCGCUUCAGAGAGCCAAAGCAUGAGAGACGGCCGUGGAGGAUAUGGUUUUUAGACACUUCCAAACAAGCCAUAGGAAUGCUGUUCAUCCACUUUGCAAAUGUGUACCUAGCAGAUCUCACUGAAGAGGACCCUUGUUCACUGUACCUCAUCAACUUCCUCCUGGACGCCACCGUAGGCAUGCUGCUCAUCUACGUGGGCGUGCGUGCUGUCAGCGUCUUGGUGGAGUGGCAGCAGUGGGAGUCUCUGCGUUUUGGCGAAUAUGGAGACCCUCUGCAGUGUGGAGCCUGGGUUGGGCAGUGUGCUCUUUACAUCGUGAUCAUGAUUUUUGAGAAGUCUGUCGUCUUCAUCGUCCUCCUCAUACUUCAGUGGAAAAAGGUGGCCCUGUUGAAUCCCAUUGAAAACCCAGACCUGAAACUGGCCAUCGUCAUGCUGAUCGUCCCCUUCUUUGUCAAUGCUUUGAUGUUCUGGGUAGUGGACAAUUUCCUCAUGAGAAAGGGGAGGACGAAAGCUAAACUAGAAGAAAGGGGAGCCAACCAGGACUCGAGGAAUGGGAGUAAGGUCCGCUACCGAAGGGCCGCAUCCCACGAGGAGUCAGAGUCUGAGAUCCUGAUCUCGGCCGAUGACGAGAUGGAGGAGUCUGACGUAGAGGAGGACCUGCGCAGACUGACCCCCCUGAAGCCCGCGAAGAAGAAGAAGCACCGCUUCGGGCUGCCCGUGUGACACACUCCUGCGCUGGGGUCAGGUUUGGGGGCCCAGCCGGCUGCCGGGUCCUUCCUUCCCUCCUCCCUGCCCUUCCUCUUCUACCUCCGCCCCUCUUGCCGUCUCCGCCCGCUCCCAGACUACUGUGACUCGACAGAGGGAGGACGGGCCGGCGCAGGGGUUUGCGGCAGCCGGAGGCUCCCACUCAGUUGCACUACAAACACUGACCAAAUAUGCAAGCGAGGCGUUUUGUCUGUCUGUCGUUGUCCCAGACGGUGUUGUGAGGGACCCAGAAGCCCCGUCCUGUGUCUGGCUGGGUGGCAUCGAGGAGGGAAACACGCACACACACAGGCUGUGGGCAGAACCUUUCCGCAAGGCUCUGGGCGUGUGGACACAUAACACGUUUGGGGCUAAAAGUCACUCAUUGACCAAGUUGGAACCGCAAUGCUUUCUUACUCGAAAUGGCUUUGUAACUACUGAUUUCUAAAGCCGGUUUUAUGAGCUGUCACAGUGUUAAUGUUUUUUGAGUAUGUGUUUAUUUCCUAUGGGACUAAUGGGCAAAACAUAGAUUUUUUAAGUCUUCCGUA